UUACUCUACCAAAAUGCCUAGAGAAUUUAAGGAAAGCGUCAAACCUUGCGUCGAAUUGAUGAAAACCGUUGGACUCGAAGACGUAUCGUCCUUGGGUAAAAAAAACAAUUCCAGAGCAUAUUAUUUAGCCUUGCCAGAUAAUAAAUAUUUGGAGGAAACCUUGAUAGGCAUCGUUAUAAGUGGUUUGAUAUUCUUGGCAAAGGUGAGGCCUGGGGAUCCUAUUAACGCCUUUGCUGCCUAUUUGAUCAAGAACAAACCUAAUGAAGCCAUGAAAAAACGAUCAAUUAAAUCUAGUUUUUCAGAUUAUAGUAGGAAAUAGUAGAGGUACAAUUAAUAUAUUAAUUUACUAUACAUUUUUGUAUCA